AUAGAGGGUGGCACAAUUCAAACCCUUUUGGAAGAUAUCGAGCGUUUGGAAAGCCUAUCAGUCUUGUUGGAUAAAGAAUCACCAGUACUGAAAAACUGGAGGCAUUUUGCUCGGAAGUUUGGUGUUUCCCUGGACGAAUGUAACAAUUUAAAGCCAGAAGCUUUAAGUCCAACCAAAACAUUAAUGGAACACAUUGUUCAAGUUGAGCCAAAGCUUACUGUCAAGACUUUAAUCGAAGCCCUGAAAAAGAUAGGACGCCGGGAUGUUGUACUUGCCUUAACUAAGUUCUUCUUAGGUAAUGUAUAAUUGAUUAACCAAAAGUAAUAGUUUUAGCUAGUGGAGGUUUGUUUCCUUUAAUAGUUCAAAACAAUUAAUAUUUUCUUCCGUUAAUACUCGUUUCCAUUGUUUUUAUUUAUUUAUUUAUCUUUUAUACUUUGAAUUACUGUGAUGCAGUUCCCGUGCCAUCACGUUUAAUAUUUAUUUUAUGAAGAAAGGGUCAUUAAUAUUGUUGCGUCCGACGGGUAUACAACAGCAAGACUGUGAUAUCCUUAGUUUAAAUUUUACUUUCUUUUGUUUAUGGGUAUGGUAAUGUAUGAUAAUGAGUAUGAGUGAAUCGUAACAUAUACACCAGGAGAAUAUUGCUUCUGUUGGUCCCUACUAGCUGGCUAAAGAUUGUAAAAACACUACCUCGUUUUUUCCCUUUACUCUUUCUCUUACCUUCAUACACUUCCUACCGGUUUUUCCUCGUUUUUGUGAGUUACUUCUCUGUUUUGAAUGUUUAUUAUUGGUUUUUGCCUUCAAAGGUCGUUCAAGGACCAAGCAAGAUGCCAACGAAAAAAGCAUUAGUGCUGACGAAGAAGUGCUAAAGUGUCCAUGA